ACAUGGCAUUGAGUUUACCUAUUUUCCUUGCAGGUCUUAAAGAAUGUAUGAGAAGAGGGUAUUCCUAUAUUGAUGGUGUUGAAGAAUUGCUUAGUUGUUUGAAAAGAAACAACUAUCAGAUGCAUGCGUUUACAAACUAUCCAAUCUGGUACACAAUGAUUGAAGACAAGUUAAAAAUCUCAACCUAUUUAUCUUGGACAUUCUGCUCAUGCAUAACUGGAAAAAGGAAGCCUGCAGCUGAUUUUUACUGGGAGGCUCUGAGGCAUCUGGAAGUGGAGCCAGCAAGCUGUGUUUUCAUCGAUGACCGGAUGUCAAAUGUCGAAGCAGCAGUAAAUGUUGGGAUGGUCGGGGUACAUUUCAAGGAUUCUGCUUCUCUUCAGCAUGAUCUAUCAAUACUAGGGAUUGAGGUUGGUUCUCUGACAGAUAAAAGCGACCGAAAGCUGGAUCCAACCAUCCUCACCAAAGAAAUAUUUCCUUAAUUUCUUCAAUCCCUCAAUUAGUUUAUUUCUGCUUUGAUUAUUUGUCACUCUUUUUGUUGGCAAUUAUCAUUACUUAGUACCAAUAAACUACUGCUGCCCUGUUUGGCAUAUUGUCUGCAAUCCUAUUUGGUUAAUUCUUAUAUAUGUCCCAAACUCAAUAGGCAGCACUGGCCAAUUUUGAAACAAGAUUAUAUUGAAUUGAAGUACUUGUGGACUUUCACAAUUUCUGAAA